GUGCGGUACCGUUGCUUUCAAGGGAGGUAAUCCAAAACAUAAGCGACUUGGUGGCUUGUAAUUUCAUCUAUCAGGACAUAAAGAGAAGAAUGCAUGUGAGCAAUGAACUUCAGUGAGGCUUACGCUCACACCUGCUCCACUGUGGGUGCCGCAGCCAGGGCAGGAGAUCUCAUGGCACUUCAGCAACUGGUCUGGAAUGGUGGACCUGUUGAUGUGCGUGACAACCGAGGAUGGCGACCUAUCCACGAGGCUGCUUCCUAUGGCCACCCUGGAUGCCUGGAGUUUCUUCUGAGACAAGAUGAGACUGAUCCUGACUGGGUGUCAUUUGCUGAGGAGACAGCACUGUUGCUGGCAGCCCGCCAUUGCCAUCUGGAUUGUGUGCGUGUGUUGCUGUCUUUCCAGGCAGACCCAAACAUCGCUACAAAUGAAGGCUUCACACCUCUUUGGGAAGCAACAAAAAUGGAAUGUUAUGAGUGCUGUAGAUUAUUGAUACGUAGAGGAGCUGACACCAACACCAAGAUGUUCACCAACUACACCCCACUUCACCUAGCUGUAGAGAAGGGGCUGGACAACCUGGUGGAAUAUCUCCUCAAUCAUGGGGCCAAGCUGGAUGUCCUAGCAGACCAUCAUCUCACACCCAUAUUCCUGGCAGCUCAGUUUGGUCGCACUGGUAGUCUCAGAUGCCUCCUCAAGGCAGCCAAGAGCAAAAGCCUGCUAGACUUGGUGAAUGAAGGUGCGGAGGACAACGCCUCCCCUCUGCUAAUAGCGGCACAGGAGGGGCAUGAGGAGUGUGUGCAGCUGCUGCUCGAGGCGGGGGCCAAUGCCAACAUGUCUGUCCGAGACAUCAAUGCUGUCCCCUGCAGUAUGCCGUGUAUAAAGGACACAUUGGAUGUGUGAAGAGGUUGUUGCCAGUGACACAGCUACAUGUGUUCCGGAGAGACCUACUCUGACAUGCACCCUCUCCUCCUUGCUCUCAAGUUGAGUAAUACAUUCAUCCUGAAGACACUCCUCACCUCGGGGUUUGAUCCGUCACUGUCCCUUCCCCUUGAUGCAGACCAACUUGCCGAGCUGUCGCCAUUGGCAACAGACAUAGCGUCCGCCACACAUGCAUCCGUUCUGUGUCAUGUAAAGGAUGACUGGCCACUUGAUGGAGUCAGCUUGUUGUUAAAAGCAGGACUGACUCCUAAUUCACAAACUAAAAGAGACCUGCCUCCGUUACUAGUCAUGUUGUGGAACAAGAACUUCCAGUUUUACAGACUUCUGCUAGAGCACGGCGCCAACCCCAGUAUCUACCAUGAUAAUAUAGUAGGCAAUAUUGCAAUGCUGUUGGCCUUGAGAAAUGAUAUCCACAAGGCGGAGACAGACAAGUGUUCGUAUGAGUGCCCCACCCACCUGCAGUACCUGUGGCCGCUGCUGGUAGCAGGUGGGGAGGCAGUGUCCCUGUUCACCUCCCCCUCUAUAGACAGUGACAUGGAGACGGGGGACAGGAUUAGUCUUCUCCAUCUACUCAAGACACAGGACAGAAAAAGCUCCUUGCCAAUUGUUGGCUUCCUGCUCUUCUUCUGCCAUUUUGUGGAUGUUUCCAGUGAUGUGUGUGAUUUGUUUGAUCCUGAGGAUGCCAAAACGUUGCAGAGGAUAUCAGCUUCCACAAAAAGCCUUGCUCACAUUUGCCGGCGGAAAAUAGUUCUAGAAUUGGCUUCAUACGGGAAAUUCAACAAGAAAACCCUUGAGUCCAUUCCACUGCCCUCCACAAUCAAGGAAUACCUUCGCUUCACAGAGUUUGGAUCUUUGGGACAUUUUGUGCUAGAUCUUCAGUCAAAUCAACUAAGUAAUGACUCUAUUCAAUAGUGGGAGGGUUCCAAGUUGGAACUACAAAUUGUACUGAAAAGUUACUGUGUUAUUUUGUCAUAUGUACAAGAGGCAAUAUUCAAAAUACGUAAACCCGUGAAACUUUCAGGAAGGAACAGAAAGUGCUGAUUCAGGAUGUUGCCAGCCAGAAUACCAUGUUACUUCCACAUGUUCUAGUAUGUAUGUCACAUUUAUUUCAUCGCCCUGUUCUAUCAUCAUACUAGACAUGUAGGUUAUGCGAAGAGUUUUAUAAUUUGUGUCCUGCUCUCAGAUAUUACUCAGUCCCCAGUCGAACCACAGGACGAUUGUCAGGUCUGAGGACAAAUGGCUGAUCUCCAGAAGAGCUGAUUGCUGGACAGUUGACUGGUCCCAGUAUGGUCAGCCGUUUUCCAGGACAGUCAAGUGCAGGGACAAUCAGUUGAUCUGGCCAAUCAGCUCAUCACAUGACAAUUGGGUGGUCC